GACAGGGAGGAGCCAAAUUAGAGGGACGAACAACUUAACGCGGGGGGAAGGACUAAAAUUUCACCCCGUUAUCGACAGAUUCUGUGGGCAAAAAUAGCAGAAUUGCCCGCUUGACUGACUAACUUCGACUGACAACGGUUACAUUUCACCUCGUCUACGAGACGGAGGCCAGGCAAGGAUGAACGGUGACUCAGGUGCCGGCGUGGUGACGGCCCACCCUCCCGCCACAGCCCCACACAAAGAGCGCUACUUUGACCGGGCGGUGGAUGAGAGCAGCCCCGAGUACCAGCGUGAGAGGAACAUGGCGCCCGCACUGCGCCAGGACUUCAACAUGAUGGAGCAGAAGAAGAGGGUCUCCAUGAUACUGCAAAGCCCGGUGUUCUGUGACGAGCUGGAAUCCAUGAUCCAAGAUCAGCUUAAAAAGGGCAAGACGCCCACCAGCCUGCUGGCGCUGCAGCAGAUUGCUGACUUCAUGACCACAAGCUUGCCUUCCAUGUAUCCAGCUGCGCCGCAGGGGGGAAUGGCAGCUCUCAACAUGAGUUUGGGUAUGGUGACUCCAGUGAACGAUUUGCGCGGUUCGGAUUCCAUCUCUUAUGACAAAGGCGAGAAGCUUCUCAGAUGCAAGCUAGCGGCCUUCUACCGGCUCACCGACCUGCUCGGGUGGUCGCAACUUAUCUACAACCAUCUCACUGUAAGAGUGAGCUCAGACCAAGAGCGUUUCCUUAUUGUCCCUUUCGGGCUCCUGUACAGUGAAGUAACUGCAUCCAGCCUGGUGAAGGUCGACCUCUCGGGUGACAUUGUGGAUCGAGGAAGCACCAACCUCGGCAUCAACGGGGCUGGCUUCAACCUGCACUCCGCCAUUUAUGCCACACGGCCAGACGUCAAGUGCAUCGUCCAUAUACAUACAGCUGCAGGCGCAGCAGUGUCUGCUAUGAAAUGCGGACUUCUACCCAUUUCGCCCGAGGCACUUGCCCUUGGUGAGGUGGCUUACCAUGAUUACAAAGGCAUACUGGUGGAUGAGGAGGAACGCGUCAUCAUCCAGAAGAAUUUGGGCAAAAACGCUAAGGUGCUCAUUUUGAGGAACCAUGGUUUGGUGGCUGUGGGCGAAACUGUGGAGGAGGCAUUCUAUUACAUCCACAACUUGGUCAACGCCUGUGAAAUUCAGGUGCGAACACUGGCCAGUGCUGGAGGCCCAGAUAACCUGGUGAUGCUCGACCCGGGCAAGUACAAGUCCCGUCCUCGCGUUCCCGAGCCUGCCGGCGACGGGUCCUCGGCCCAACCCAAGUGGCUAGUAGGGGAGCAAGAGUUUGAGGCUCUCAUGCGAAUGCUCGACAACCUGGGCUAUAGAACCGGGUACCCCUACCGUUGUCCGGCAUUGCGAGACAAAGGUAAAAAGUACAGUGACGUGGAGAACGCUCACUCCGCUGGUUACUCUUACGGCGAGGACAGCGACUCGGGCGCUCGCUCCCCAAUGAAACACAGCUUCCAGCGCGGCCAGCGCGACAGGACCCGCUGGCUUAAUGCCAGCGGUCGGCCUGACGAACCAGGCGAAGACGGACCCGAUGGCGGCAGCCCCAAGUCGAAGCCUAAGGUGUGGACGAACAUAACACAUGAUCACGUCAAACCCUUGCUGCAGUCGCUCUCGUCUGGUGUCUGCGUGCCAAGCUGUAUAACCAACUGCUUGUGGACUAAAGAAGACGGAAUGCGACAAGCCGCUGCGGCCAAUCAAUUUAUCCCGCUGAACACCAACCCCAAAGAAGUACUCGAAAUGAGGAAUAAGAUCCGUGAGCAGAAUCUGCAGGACAUAAAGACAGCUGGACCUCAGUCUCAGGUUCUGUGUGCUGGCUCGGUGGUGGAGCGCAACUUUCAACAGGACGCCCCUUUGUCUGACUGUACAGACACUAUUGACGGCCUUGAUGCCUCCGAGGGGUCCUAUAGUCCUGCUAGAUCUAUUAGAAAGGGGGAGCUGGUAACCGCAUCUAAGGCCAUCAUCGAGAAAGAGUACCAGCCCAAGGUGAUAGUCAGCAAGCAGGGGCCAAACCCCUUCAACAAGUUCACCGACCAAGAGCUGGACGAAUAUCGUCGAGAGGUAGAGCUUAAGCAGAAAGGACCUGAAGUGCAGGAACAGGACUGUAAGGCUGCACUUUCCUUCAAGUUGGAAAGUGUAUCGAUGGUUGAAACAGCCUCAGAGCAGGGCUUCAGCCUCACGGAUGAGGUCUUCCCGGACUCCCCCCACAAAGAGUUCCAUUGCGCUGUGCUGCGAGCCCUCAGCAAGGAGCCACCGGAGGCAAAAAAGGCUGAAGAUCAAGAGCAAAUAGCCGAACCCGAGGAGGAGGAGGAGGCCAAAGACCCAAAGGCGACCUGUACGCCACCCAGCACUCCAGUCAGAGCAGAGGAAGAGACCUUGCCGGAGCCCACGUUUAAGGACGACAGCGACGCCGCCACCUUGAAACAGACCCUGCCCGACUUAACCCCAGACGACCCGUCCGACGCCCCGGCGCUUCCAGUCGAGGACUCUGAAGCCGUCUCCGCCCCUGCUGCCGCGGAACCCGCCGACGACGGCGAGGAAGCCGCUGCCGCAGACGCGGAAGGCGACGAGUCUCCAACCAAGUCUCCCUCCAAAGAAAAAGAAGUUCCGUACUCCUUCCUUCUUGAAAAAGAACAAAAAGAAGCCUGAAUCUUAAAUAGGAGCUUCCUCACGCUUUAACCCUUUGUUUUUCUAUUUUAAUGCGUGUUGCACCGAUACCAUUUUUUGGCUCCGUACCAAUACAUUUUUGGAAAACAUACAAAAUCGUUACACUGCUUAAAUAGCUUUCUGAAACACGAAAUAAAAUAGACUAAUACAAACUUCUCAUAUUGAGUUUAUUAGUACAUUAGCUUAGCUCAUGUGCUAAUCACGUUUGCUAGCUGACUACAGAAGUUCCCUAGCAUACUUUUCCAAGUUUUCUCCUAACAAAGCUAGCAUCUUUAUAGCAAUGUCAACCUCCGUGAAGUUGGCCCCACAUCAGAUGCAAGUUUUUAGAAAAUUUAUGUCAUGCGUUUGUGCUAGCUUUGUACUGAAAUUUCUUUUGUAUGUGCUGCUAUCUUUUUUGAGGUAUUAACAAUUCUUUUAUAGGUCCAUCUGAGGUCAACCCGCCUCCUAUUUUGAUUUUAAAAAAUGGCUAAAAAUGUUGUCAAUUGUUUCUGCUAGUUUUGUGCUGUAAACAUUUUCGUUUGUGCUGCUGUCAUUUUAUAGUAGGGCUGUCAAAUGAUUAAAAUGUUUAAUCGAGUUAAUUACAGCUUAAUUAAUCGUAAAUAAUCGCAAUUCAAACCAUCUAUAAAAUAUGCCAUAUUUUUCUGUAAAUUAUUGUUGGAAUGGAAAGAUAAGACAAGAUGGAUAUAUACAUUCAAAAUACAGUACAUAAGGACUAUUUGUUUAUUAUAACAAUAAAUCAAGAUGGCAUUAACAUUAUUAACAUUCUGUUAAAGCGAUCCAUGGAUAGAAAGACUUGUAGUUCUUAAAAGAAAAAUGUUAGUACAAGUUAUACAAAUUUUAUAUGAAAACCCCUCUUAAUGUUUUCGUUUUAAUAAAAUUUGUAAAAUUUUCAAUCAAAAAAUAAACUAGUAGCCCGCCAUUGUUGAUGUCAAUAAUUACUUAUGCAAUGAUCAUGGGUGCUGAAGCCUAUAAAAUCAGUCGCACCCAAGCGCCAGCGGAGGGCGGCAAAACUCCAUAAAACACAAUUAACAAGCAGUUCACUGUACUGUCAUUUAAAUCUGUCAGAGCGUUAAUUGCGUCAAAUAUUUUAAUGUGAUUAAUUUAAAAAAUUAACGCCCGUUAAUGCGAUAAUUUUGACAGCCCUAUUUUAUAGAUAUUGAGAUAUUAAUUUUGAGUUAUUACGGCACUCGAAGCUUUUCCGUAUCCUACUCCCGCAGCUGACAGAGCGUACUAACUCUCUCAAAAAUGAAUUUCUCAACAAAUAGAGCAAACGUAGCACAAAUAAAUGAAAUAUUGAUUCCAAGUGAUGAUGCAGCCCCCUAUUUACUGGAAAAUGUACCCGAAGGGGUGCUAUUCGUUUGUGCUACGUUUACGUUAUUUGCUAGGAAGUGCCCCUGUAAUUGGGAGGGUUGGUACGCUCCCUCAGCCGCGACGGAGGGUCUGUAAUUGACUUCAUCACUCGAAAUGAAUAUCUCUAAAACGAUAUCACAACAAACAAACGUUUUUUACAGCACAAACAAGACAAAAUGUAGCAUAAACAAAUAGCACCAUUUCGGGUCCAUUUUGCAAUAAAUGGACAUACCGUAUUGGCUCGAAUAUAAGACGGCCCUGAUUAUAAGACGACCCCCUCUUUUUCAAGACUCAAGUUUGAAAAAAGACUUUUUGAACACCAAAUUAAUUUUUAUACAGAAAAUAAUUACAGUACAUCUGAAACCUAUAAUUAUAACAAAAUAUUUGAGAGAAAAAGCAUGUUAUUUUGCCUCAUUUAAAUCUUAAUAUCUGAACAUUUAAAUAUGUAAACUUAAGUGCAAUCACAUUCGUAAAUGAAUGGCUUCUGGUUUUUGAAAUGUAAAUAAACAAAUCUAUUGUGAUAAAACGACAAAAUUGCAAUAACUGCAUUAACCAUCAAAGUGAGGUCUAACUGUAACAGUCUUGAAACAUCUGAAUAAGGAAAAACAUUGCAAUAAAAUAAUGCAAACUAGUUAAACUUGAAAGUAGCUGAGAUCUGUCAUGACGGAACAUCGCUUCAAUGAUAUCUGGCGUCGUGAAUGGGUAUAACGUCUAGACCGCGAAUAUAAGACGACCCCCACUUUUUCAGUCUUAUUUCAAUGCAAAAAAACACCGUCUUAUAUUUGGGCCAAUAAUUAAUUUUGGGCCAUUGUUGAUUUUGGAGUAUUUUAUGGGUCACCUCCUGUUUAUUUUGAGUUACAGAACAGAAAGUGACCUGGGAAUCACCCAAAUGAAUAUGCAGUGACUCAAACUCAACAGGAAAUGACCUGGAAAUGCCCUAAAAUGAACAGCAGCCUGUUAUUGCCCCGUAAGUCGAAUGACUGUGAAUGCUCUGGUUUUGAAUCAACGAACGUUACCAGUGGGGCUGCAGCUAUCCAUUAUUUUAGUAGUCGUUUAAUCGAUUAGCUAUUUAGUUCGAGUAAUCGGAUAAGGACCAUAAAAAAUUAAAAUACUUGAGCUGAGCCUCAAACGGUACAUAUAAGAGGAUCUAUGUACAACAAAAACAGUUGGCAAACUUACAUAGCAAAAAUCCGCUAGUUUAAAUGCUAUAAAAUGCUAAUGUUUUUUUUUACAAUACUCUUAACGAAUGGUUCAGACACAUAUUCCGACAAAAAUUUCUAAAAAUACCAAUUAACUAAAUUACGAAUGCAUUAAAAAAUGCAUUAGCUCAAACAAAAACUUAUGUUGGUCUUAACAGGGAGCAGAUGGAUUCAGCCAUGUGAGGAGGUAGACUAGAGGGCCGUGUAUCCACCCAAAUCAUUAAAACUAAAUGCAAACACUUUCAGAACAAACCAUUACAACGCAACUUUAAUUAAACGAAUACUCGAAGCAGCCAAAUUUAAUUGGAAUCUUUUUUUCUAAUCGAAUACUCGAGUUAAUCGAUUAAUCGUUGCAGCACUAAUUACCAGUCUAAAUGGAUUGGGCGUCGAGCACAGUCACUGGCAGCCUUCAUAAAACGAUAUCUCGAUUCUUGACAGGAGCAUAUCGAUAACCUUUUGGGAUGCAACGUAUCACAAUAUAUCACCAUUUUGAUAUUUUGUCACACCCCUAGUCCCGAUGCCUGCAUUUUAUUGCCGAAUCGGGGCCGCUUCCAAUACUAGUAUCGGUGCAACACUUAUUUUAACACCACUGCUGGCUUCUUAACCUUUAAUCUUCCUUUAGCGUGUGCCGAUUUUGUAUACAGUGUAUAAACAUAAUUUGGGAUUAGGGUGCGUUGCCUCAUAUUUUUUUUGUCCACUGUGCUGACCUCUUUGAAAUGCAUGCCUAAUAAGAAGCACCCGUUGCAAAAGCAAAGUCAAUUGUAACCACAAGAAUGUAUCGGGAUUGUAUAACGAUAUAAAAAUAGUGUCUUUAACAGCAGAAAAGAGUGAACGCCGGAAGAAAAAUCCUACAUGUUCAACACGCUAAAAGUGACUCAUUUAGCGAGCGCGGCUAACGUAUACGAGCUAAUUAAACGUGUCGGUUAUGGGCUUUAUUCCAGUGGUUGAUUUACUAUGAAGGAAUGUGUACAAAGAUAAACAUGAUGUUUGUGUGUGUUUUUAUUUUGCUUCUGAAUAUUACAUGUUUUAACAUUUGCCUUUGACGGCGCUAGAUGUCCGAACGUUCAUUCCCAGUCAAAAUGAAUCGGAAGUCUAGCGCCGUCAAUGGCUGCCGAUGAGUUAAUUUGUCACACUGCGUAGCUAAGCCAUAGUCAGCUUGCUGUGAUAGACCACAGUCAAUCACUGUUUGUUUUUAUUUCGUCGUUAACCACACUAUUUUAUGUAUUUGCGUUAUUCGGUCAUGUAUGUGCCGUAGAAAUAAACAUCCUCUGUUACAGCUCUGCAUUCUUUUAAUAAAGCUACGAUAAAUUCCA